AAACUCCGAUUUAGUCCGCCCACCAACCCACCCACACAUCCCCUCCUCCUCUUCAGGUCCUACUUGCGGGGUUGAUGGCGACGGUUCGGGGUUGUUUUCCGUGCUGCCGUCGCGAAGGUUGAGAAAAGGGUCGCUCGUCUGAAGAUGCAGCCGCUCCAGACGCACCAAUGAGGUGGCAGUCGCGGCCACGGACUCUGGCGGCCUACGAUGCCUCGUCGCUGCAAAGGGUGCAACUCGUUCUGCUGCUGCUCUCGACCUUCUUCCACAUUUACUGUGCCUUGGAGAACAUGCAACAGCUGACUGUAGACGUGGGGCAGAACGUGACGCUGCAGUGUCGUGGGCAGGGGGACGACGGUCAGGUCAGCUCGGCCUCUGUGGCCUGGGUGCACGAGGGCCACAUGGGCGGCCACAUCCGUCGCCAGAGCGACCGCGUGCGCCCUGACGGCAGCCUCGCUCUCGUCCGCUUGCACCGCGACGAUGCCGGUGUUUACGAAUGCUCCGUAGAACCUGAGGCUACAGUCACCACCCGCUUCAAAGUCAAAGUCAGAACUCCUCCGCCGGCGCUGGUCAAUGUUUCUGUGCAGCCGUCCUCGGUGCUGGCUCUCCUUUUGUGGGAAGUUUCUGACGACGGUGGCUAUCCGGUUGAGCACUUUGAGGCGCGCUACAAGCUCAAACACGAGAAAGACAACUGGCACAGUGUCACCCCCGAACACAUACCUUUCAAUGUGCGGCAAAUUGACGUUUAUCAUCUGCACGCAAACACGACUUACCUGUUCCAAAUCUGGGCAACGAACCGAUUGGGACCUGGCGAGGUGACUGAAAGGGAGGCAAAGACGCAUCAUGACACUGAGGAAAUCGAGCUUGCUCGUCACCUUUUAGAAGGAGCAGAGACAUUCGACACCAGAGUGUGGGUCGCUGCCGUUGUGGUUGUUAUGGGCACCUUGGCCAUGCUUGCUGGUGGAACCUUCUACCUGCUCUACAAGGAGUGCAAAUUUUCUCCCUUGUUAAGUGACGAUGAUGACGAGAUCAUCGAGUUGGUGCCGAACAUUAUCCUAAACCCGGCCUAUGACGUCGAGCAGCUCGAGCUAGACGAGAACUUCAAUGAUCACUUUGCGAUGCGCAUCAACAACAAUACAGUUGUGCAGCCUGUGCGCGUUUGACCCUCAAGCAUUCGGCUGCGCGAGAGAGUCCGCUUUUGACGGCGCCCGAGGGGCUGAAUUUGUUGUUGUUCAAACGCUGCCAAAGGUAGGCUGAAUUGGUUUUGCGCGUUCCGUUUGUCCCGGCACCGCGCUUUUCUAGUUGGCUUUGUGUUUCCUACCGUCGCUUUUGACCAGCCGAAAGACGCCACGAGACUAGUCUGUGAGUCAAAAGUUUUCUAACAGGGCCCUGCGUUGAAUCAAAGGUUCGUUUUUCUAUAAAUUUCGCCUUAAGUUUUGGGUCAGUCGACGUAUUGACCAGCGGAAAGUAAAUCCGGAUAGUAAUGGAUUAAGCCAUUUUCAUUAUUUCCUUUGUCGAAAAAACGAUCUAGAUUGAGAUUGGGAGAUUCAUAAUUGACGCCAUUUAAAACAAACAUUCCGCAAUUAUUUUAAUAAUCUCCAGCUUUUAUAAUGGUGAACUGGCUGGAUGGACUGGACAUAUUUAUGUUUCGUGGGGUGCAAUAGAAUGAUUUUUAUGUCAUAUCAGAGCGCCUUAUUAUAGAGCAUGUAUUGUGUAAACAAUAGCACUGUGGAUCGAUCAAGCGCAUUCAUGAAAGAGAAAAUUAGUUUGCUGUGUGACGAGGCAAUUUGUUAAAAAUAAGACAUCAGCAGAAUGUGAUAUAAUUAAAUGUUGAAUUAGUGUGUUCAGCUUCACGUGAAAAACUCAAAAACGAAGCGACGAUAAAACAAUAUAUAAAUAUAUUUUACUGCUUCCCUGGCCCUAUCAAACACGACAUAUACAUAGAUAAGAGGUAAACAAGAAAAAUUUAGUUGAUGCUUCCUAGGUAAAAAGGCAAAGAAGACUUAACCCGAGACAUAGGUGUAAAAACCCAGGGCCGUAUUUUCUCCUUUGGUUGAAACAAAAGUCUGUAGACGGAUGCCUUGGAGGAAUUCUCAAACUGUCCUCCCUUCCCGCCCCUGACCCGUAAGAGCAUAUAAGUAGCUGAUCAAUUGAUACGGCCCGAUGUGUAAUUAACAAUUAGUGGUAAAUGUUUGUAAACUGCAGUUAAUGCCCCUUUCCGAUUCGCUGUUUCUCGUUGUCUCAUCGGUGUGCUAUAAUUUAUAAUGAGAGAUGAAUCACGGAUAGCCACGCUUUUCGUUUUAUCACGUACGUCGACGCUCAUUUCCCUUAUCUUUUACUCUCUCUGCGAAGCGAAACAGUGCAAAAGCAACAACAAAACGUGCCUCCUUGUCUCAAAGCACAGUUGUAGCGCGCGCGCGAAUCGUUGCUACGUUGGUUGAAAUAAUUUUCAGUGCUCAAGUUGUGGUUUUUUAUUGUGUGACUCACGCCGAGAACUUGAGUCGCUCGCAAACUGUGUAUAUGUGUGCAUUUUACCAGUACAAUUUUGUAUAAAUAAGAAAGCAGAAUUAAACAAAUCUGCGCCGUAGUUUCGACAGAAAAUAACAAGCAGCUUUGCACGGCAGUUCCAUUUCCCUUCCCACUUUUCCUUGGUUCUACAAAGUGCAAUUUUGAGUUCUUUUCGUGGUCCACCGACUAGUCUUUGCUGAAAACGCUGAAAAUGUCAAAAAUCUUUGUUCCUAGGGUAGCCAGGCGCAAGCAAAAUUUUUGCUAUGAUUCCGGCUAUCCUUGUACGUGUUCUAUUUGAAAUAAAUGCUCUCUCUUUCUCUCUGCGAACGUGAUUGCUCAGAAGAUAAUCCUCUUGCGUUUUCGGUUCUUUUGACUGGCUGUGCUACUUUGUUAAUUUGACACUUUUCCGAUAUUUUGAGUCGCCGGUGUGGACAUAUUCCGGGAAAACGUCUCUCCCCGAUUUCGCGACAUUUGUGUAUAGAAAUCAUGAAGACUUUAAACGAAAGGGUUGUGCUUUUUAACUCAAGCAAUUAAUAUGAGAAACUUAAGCAAUGAAGUCAGAAAAUAAAUAGUGUGUUCACGAGGAUAAAAUAGCGAAGAGCCGUGGCAGUUAUUUUUAAUGUAUCUCCAAUGGAAAUCGAUCAAAGAGAGCCACACAGGAGGAAAUUAAAUCGAUUAAAUUGCUCAGCUUUUUGUUUCGUGCGUGAUUCUGAAAUCAAUUGUUGUUCCUGACGCUGAAUUUUUUCAACGUAUUUUUUGGUUUGGUGCAUUUUUCACAAGGCUGCUCUUAAUUGUGCAACGAAUCCCAAUUAAGUGUAAAAAAUGAUUUUAUGCAAUAGAGGCCAUCACUAGACUGUAAAUUUGUGCAAGGAAGAGCAGUCCAAAUAAACUCGCGCGUUUGUUUGGUCGAAAACAAAUUAAACUUGAAAUUUUUCAUCAAAUCUCAUCAUAUCAUUUGAAACAAAUGAAAGGUCAGAUCAAAGCCGCCGCGCGAGUUUGGAAUUGGACGCAUCACGUGAAUUUUAAGUUUAUACUAGAGGACGUAAUUUGUGCGAAGACAGAGUGUGCUCGAGGUGCCUGUAAUUGGUUUUAUCAGUUGUACACAUUAUUUGCAUUUAUUUGUCAAUAUGUUACGAUAAAAGUGCCAAACGGCGCCGUUAUAUUUACGUUAACUGUUACAAUGUUUGGAUUUCUAAAUUGAAUCGGAUUAAAUGGUACAGAGCGCGCUCUUUCUGACUUUGUGUAUGCUGUGUAAAUGAAAGAAAUAAAAUUGAAUGUAUUCCAUAA